UCCAGACAGGAAGACGUAAAGACACAAAAGACAUUGAGAAAGAAGACACAGACGGACGACAGCGAUAGACACAAACAGACAGAGAUACACAGUCACAGUCGCAGACACCAACACGGACACCGGAUUGAAGUCUCGCUGGCCGACUUCGCAGGGGAUGACGACGCCCAGCUGCUAAGACAUCAUCACCACCAGCCACACCACCGUCCAGACCUCAACCUCAAACCUCCAGCAAAGACAAGACACCCUCACACGACACACCAACACUCACGACAGACACCUGCCAAAAUGCAUCUAACGCCGUUACUCUCGUUCCUCUUCGCGCUGCUUUCAUUAUCCCGUCUCGCGGCGGGCCUCAAGCUCAUCGAGUCCAAGUCCCUCACGCCCUGCACCAACACCGCUACCCAGAACAACGCCGACUUCACCGCAUCCGAGUUCAACAUCGCCUUCACCCCGGAGAACCGCACUCUGCGUGUCAACUUCCAUGGCGUCUCCUCCAUCAAGGGCUUCGUCAACGCCCGCAUCGAGCUCUUCGCCUAUGGCUACCCGGCCCUCGACCAGCGCUUUGAUCCGUGCAAGUCCGGACUCGACCUCCAGGGCCUCUGUCCCAUGACGGCCGGGCCCAUCGACCUCAUGACCGACUUUGUCGACGUCUCAGACGAGGUCAUCAACAAAGUCCCUGACUGGCUACUAGGAAUUGCGUAUAAUGUGCCCGAUAUUGACGCCAAGUUCCGGGCGUACAUCUAUGCUGCCGAUUCUGGAUCAACCAUCGCCUGCUUCGAGGGACAGCUCUCCAACGCCAAAACAGUCUACCACAGAACUGUAGGAUGGAUCGUCGCCGUCAUUGCUGGAAUCGGCCUCAUUGCCUCUGCCAUCACCUCGGGUCUCGGCCACUCCAACACAGCCGCCCACGUAGCUGCCAAUGCACUCUCGCUCUUCAGCUUCCUCCAGGCUCAGGCCAUGAUCGGUCUCACCUCCGUCACUUUACCACCCGUCGUCCAGGCUUGGACCCAGAACUUCCAGUGGAGCAUGGGCAUCAUCCACGUCACCUUCAUCCAGAACAUCUGCACCUGGUACCAGCGCGCAACGGGCGGAACCCCAACUAACGUCCUCAACUCUCCCUCCACCACCUCUAUCCAGAUCAAGAAGCGCUCAAUGGAGUACAUGCGGAAUGUUGUCUUUACCUAUCCCAAUGGCCUGACCAAGCGUGUCAACAACGAACCCACCGUCGGAGAAACUAUCAACAACAUCGUCCUGCGUGGCAUCGAGAGAGUAGCCUACCGAGCCAAGAUGGAAACCACAAACGUCUUCAUGACCGGCCUGCUCUUCUUCGUCAUCUUCGUCACCUUUGUCGUGCUCCUCGUUACCGCCUUCAAGGGCUUCUGUGAAAUCGCCGCCAAGAAGGGCUGGAUGAAGAGUGAUAAGUUCCAGGACUUUAGGAAUGGAUGGAAGAUUGUCAUGCGCGGAAUCCUCUUCAGACUGACCUUGAUUGGCUUCCCUCAGAUGACAAUUCUCUGUCUCUGGGAGUUCACCCAGGUCGACUCCCCAGCCAUUGUCGUCCUGGCUGUCGUCAUGUUGCUCUCCAUCAUCGGAUCGCUCGGCUGGGCCGCCUUCAAAGUCAUCAACCUCGCAAAGAAGUCCGUCCAGAUGCACAAGAACCCAGCCUACAUCCUCUACUCUGAUCCAUCCGCCCUCAACAAGUGGGGGUUCCUCUACGUCCAGUACCGCGCUACUGCUUACUACUGCGUCGUCCCGCUGCUCGCCUACAUCCUCAUCAAGUCCAUGUUCAUCGGCCUCGCCCAGAAGGCCCCCUACGUCCAGGCCAUCUCCCUCCUCAUCAUCGAACUAGGCGUCCUCGUUGGUGUCUCCAUCCUGCGGCCAUGGAUGGACAAGAAGACCAACAUCUUCAACAUCUCCAUUGCUGCCGUCAACUUCUUCAACGUCAUCCUCCUUCUCUUCUUUAGUGAAAUCUUCAAGCUCCCAGGCCUUGUCGUCGGAGUAAUGGGCGUAGCUUUCUUCGUCAUCAACGCAGUCUUCGCCCUCAUCCUUCUCAUUCUCGUCCUCAUUGCGUCCGGAUACGCCAUUCUCUCCAAGAACCCCGACACCCGCUACCAACCCAUGCGCGACGACCGCGGCUCUUUCAUCAAAUCCCACACACAACUCACCACCGAACUCGACGCCCUCGGCGCCACCGCCCGCGGAGAAGGCAAGUUCAACGAAUUCGAGGACGACUCAACCUCCCUCUCAGGCCAAUCCAACACCCGCACUCCCAUCGACACCCACCACCCUGCAAACGACUCACACCGCCCAGGCCAGGGAUACCCGAACCGCCCUGUUCACUCCCCCGUGGACCCAUCAGUCCCUCUAUUCCCAUCAAGUGCAUCAACGCACUCCGGACACUCACAAAGAACAAACAUGCCCCCCGGAUACCAACAGCCUGCCUUCCAGGAUUCGGCAUCCACACAUUCCUCACCAUACCGCCACCAUCCUUCCCCCGCUCCAGGCGGGUAUAAUGCCUCUCCAUACCCUCGCACAGGCUCAGCGAACCCCCACGCAGCCAGAUCACAAAACAAUGCUAGCCCAUGGCAAAGGGGCGCCGGUUACGACUAA